ACCAUCUCUAUAAACUCUCACCAAUAAAUCCAAACACAUAGUUUCAACUUCUUCUCAUUCUUCCAAUUUUACCUUUAUUUCUUCCAACCUUCUUCAACUAAAAUUUCACUCUCUCUCUCAUCUCAAUUAUAACACUUUUUUUUGGUUAGAUCUCAAUCCUCUAAAUUGAACCUUUUAUUUAUAACUCUUAAAUUUAUUCCUAAUAAAACCAUUAACUAUUUCUUGCAUGUUAGUAGCUUUUCUCCAUCAUAUCUCAUGCUUUGAAAACUGGUUUUCUCUGCCAAUUCUUUCCACAGAACCCGCAUUUAUGACUCUUAUUCAGUUACCUUAACAAACCAUAUUUAAGACUCUGUGUUUUUUCUCUCUAUUGGUGAACAACAAACCUAGAGAGAGUGAAGUUCAAUUUUUUUACCGCAACAAUUAGCCAAUAAGGUUCCUUUGUUUACCUUCUUUCUUUUUUGCCUUCAUUGAGAAGUGUUACUUGUUGUGUUUGGUAGCAGUUACAAGAAAGUUUCGCUCACAUGACAAACACAUACGCACCUCAUUAAAAAAACAAAAAACAAAAAACCAAAAACCCAAAAAAAAAACAAUAUACUCUGUUUUUUCUCUGUUUCUGUGCUAUAAAUCAAGUUGAAAAGCCUUUUCGAAUUUCACUACAAAGUGAAGAAACUUGAAGAAUAUUAGGUGAGUUUUGAUGACCCUUUAUGUUUUUGCUUCAUGGAAACAAUGUUAUCAGAGAAACAAGGUGAAGAGAUCAUGAUGUCAAGCUUGAAUGAAACAAAUGAGGUGAUGAAUGAAGAAAGAGAAGAAGAAAAAAGUGGAAAUUCAACUUCUGGUUUGAAGAAUUUUCUCUGGCAUGGUGGUUCUGUUUAUGAUGCUUGGUUUAGCUGUGCUUCAAAUCAGGUUGCUCAGGUUUUGUUGACACUACCAUACUCAUUCUCUCAAUUGGGAAUGGUUUCUGGGAUCAUAUUCCAAAUCUUCUAUGGAUUGCUUGGUAGUUGGACUGCUUAUUUGAUUAGCAUUCUGUAUAUUGAGUAUAGAAGCAGGAAAGAGAAAGAAAAUGUCAACUUCAAAAAUCAUGUCAUUCAGUGGUUUGAAGUGUUGGAGGGACUACUUGGUCCUUAUUGGAAAGCAAUUGGAUUGGCUUUCAAUUGCACUUUCCUUCUCUUUGGAACUGUUAUCCAGCUCAUAGCUUGUGCAAGUAACAUAUACUACAUAAAUGAUCACUUGGACAAGAGAACUUGGACUUACAUAUUUGGAGCAUGUUGUGCAACAACAGUGUUCAUACCUUCAUUUCAUAACUAUAGGAUUUGGUCUUUUCUUGGACUUGGAAUGACCACAUACACAGCUUGGUAUAUGACCAUUGCUGCCCUUGUUCAUGGCCAGGUUGAAAAUGUGGUUCACUCGGGUCCAAAGAAACUGGUUUGGUAUUUCACUGGCGCGACAAACAUACUCUAUACUUUCGGCGGGCAUGCCGUUACAGUGGAAAUCAUGCAUGCAAUGUGGAAACCUCAAAAGUUCAAAUCUAUCUAUUUCUUUGCAACACUUUAUGUGUUUACACUUACCCUACCAUCUGCUGCUGCUGUUUAUUGGGCAUUUGGUGACCAACUUUUGGAUCAUUCCAAUGCUUUCUCUCUUCUUCCUCGUAACGGAUGGCGUGAUGCCGGUGUUAUCUUGAUGCUCAUUCACCAGUUUAUCACCUUUGGAUUUGCUUGUACACCAUUGUACUUUGUGUGGGAGAAAGUGAUAGGAAUGCAUGAAACAAAGAGCAUAUUUUUAAGAGCACUUGCAAGGUUACCUGUGGUGAUACCAAUAUGGUUUUUGGCUAUAAUUUUUCCUUUCUUUGGUCCUAUUAACUCAGCUGUAGGGGCUCUCUUGGUUAGUUUCACUGUCUAUAUCAUUCCUGCUACUGCUCAUAUGCUCACUUAUAGGACUGCUUCUGCAAGACAGAAUGCUGCCGAGAAAUUGCCGUCAUUUAUGCCAAGUUGGACAUUGAUGUAUGUGAUCAAUGCAUUUGUGGUGAUAUGGGUUAGUAUUGUAGGCUUUGGAUUUGGAGGUUGGGCUAGUAUGACAAACUUCAUCAAACAAGUUGACACAUUUGGAUUAUUUGCUAAAUGCUACCAAUGUCCACCAAAACUACCACCACCUUCAUCAAACCACACAAUGCAUCACUGAAAAUAGUGACAAAAAUAAAACUAUCCUAUCUUCUUUGUUUGUCGCAUAUUUUCCCUCUCCUUUUGUUUCAUCGCUAUGAAGAUGCAUUAUUGGUAAUGCUUGUGUUCUCUUAUUAAGGCAAUAUUUUUAUAACCAUUUUAGAUCAUUAUAAACUUGAUUAUAGCCAUCAUAUAUAGGAUUGGUGUUUGGCAAUUGGCAUGUAAUGAUUGAUAUCAAGUGAAGUAUGCAUGCUCUACUUUUGUUUCA